AUGUCUGAAGCCGAUGGAAGAUUUUCUAAAGUCAAAAACAAAUCCAAAUUCAGCGAUAGAAACUCAAAAAAUCCGAAUUCAGGACAUUUCAAGCAUAAUACAUCUAAAACUGGAAGCCAAAAUGAAAAUAAAUCAAGUCAAAAAUCAAAUCCACCAAAGAAAAUGAAAUCUGUUUGGAUGGAAUCUUCUGAUUCGUCUUCAGAUGAUUUCGUAUUACCUAAAAAAGAUACAAAGCCCACAGAAACAACAGAUAUUCCCAAAAAUGUUCAUUAUUCAGAGAAUGUUAAAAAUAUUCCUGAGGUCGGCACAAGUGAAAAGUAUACUCCUUACCAACCUGAAAAUCAACAUCCAGAUCAGCAAAAUUCUAAAUUUGGUGAUUUAAUUCCACCAGCGCAAUACAAUCCUGAUAUUUAUCCACCAGCUCAACCGUAUAUGCCUUAUUACCCUCCUGCAAUGCCAAUAUCAAUGCCGCCACAAGAUGAUAUUCCACAAUGGUCGGAAUGGAGUACGGAUACAUUAGGACCUGAUUGGACUAUUAGAAUUGAUGAGUAUGCUGGGGAAACUGUUCCAAAACCCGCAUUUGGCAAGAAAAAUAUAUUUUAA